AUGGCCGCCGCGACUCUCAAGAUCGCCGUCAUACCCGGAGAUGGCAUCGGCACCGAGGUUAUGCCCUACGGCGUCCGAUGUCUUCAGGCCGCCGCCCAAGCCUUUGGCCUUGCACUGCAUUUCGAGACCUUCGAUUUUGCCAGCUGUGUCUUCUACCAGGAGCACGGAGAGAUGCUGCCGCUCGAUUGGAAGGAUACUCUGCUGAAGUUCGAUGCCAUCUAUUUCGGAGCCGUUGGCAUGCCCGCUCUCGUGCCCGACCACGUCUCGUUGUGGGGGGGUUUGCUGAAGUUCCGCCGCGAAUUUGAUCAGUACAUCAAUCUUCGUCCCUGUCGGUUGAUGCCCGGCGUCCGUUGCCCGCUGGCUGGACGCCAACCCGGCGAUAUCGACUUCUGGGUUGUUCGAGAGAACACCGAAGGGGAGUACAGCUCCAUUGGCGGAAAGAUAUUUGAAGGCACCGACAGGGAGACUGUCAUCCAGGAGACUGUCAUGACCAGGACAGGCGUAGACAGGGUGCUUCGUUACGCAUUCGAGCUCGCCCAGAGACGGCCGCGCAAGCACCUUACCAGUGCGACAAAGAGCAACGGUAUCAGCAUCACAAUGCCCUACUGGGAUGAACGGGUCCGUGAGAUGGCGUCCAACUAUCCCGACGUGGCUGUUGACAAAUACCACAUCGACAUCUUGACUGCGCACUUCGUGCAGAAGCCAGACGUGCAUGUAAUUUUCGAUGUCGUCGUCGGGAGCAAUCUGUUCGGUGACAUCCUAAGUGACCUUGGGCCAGCAUGCACUGGAACCAUCGGAAUCGCCCCGUCAGGUAACAUCAACCCGGACAAGAAAUUCCCAAGCCUUUUCGAGCCAGUACACGGAAGUGCACCGGAUAUUGCUGGUAAGGGUAUCGCAAACCCAGUCGGCAUGAUUGUAAGCAACUCUGUCAUCUCGUUUGAAGAAGACAAGAGCGUCUGGGCUGGACAGAUGAUGCUUCAACACUUUGGGUUCCAUGAUGCAGCGGGGGCGAUGCUCCAGGCGAUUGAGAGGGUCCUGGCAAGAGGCGAGGCAGAAGUGCUGACUGCUGACAUGGGCGGCAAGGGGACAACCAAGGCUCUAGGUGAAGCUAUCGAGAGCGAGAUCCUGUCCUUCAAGGGCACCUGA